GCACCAAAAGAUUUUUAUUUAUUAGAAUCACGCCUUUUCUUUCUCCUAUCACUUUCCUGUACUCUUCUCUCUCUCUCUCUCAGAACACCGAUCAGCCAAAGCCCCACCAACCCACCGCUGGAUCUCUUAACCUUUCAUCAUACCGCUUCCAGCCUUCCACCACUGCUCCGGAGUUUUCAAACCCUCACCACCAUUUCCGACCAAAUCGUUGACCAUGAACGUCUUGACCACAAAUCACAUACCCUCAAUGGAUGUCGAUGAUGUGGAACUCAAUGGAUCCUAUGAGAUAAGCAAAGGAGAGUCAUCAGUGGCGGACCCAGGAUUUUUGGACAAUGGGGUCCAAAAAAGAAAAAGAAAACACAAAAAAACGAAGAAACAGUCAUCAGCACUUAAAACAGAUGCUUUUAAUAUGAAAAAUCUACAAUCGAUCUACCUGUCUUGGCAUGGAUUCUGUUCAACAACCAUACCCCCAGAGUUAUACAUGCAAAACUUGGUGGAGAUAGAUAUGAGCUAUGGCGGCUUGGAAGUAUUUGAACCCCCUAUGGUUCUUCAGUCAUUAAAGAUUCUAAAUCUUAACGACUCACACUAUCUUAUUGAAAUCCGCAACAUUGUCAAAAUCCCUAAUCUUGAGAUUUUAAAUCUUCGGAACUGUUACAAUCUGGUUAGUGUUUGUGAAAACCUUGGAGACCUUACAAAGCUCGCAUUAUUGAACCUGACAGGGUGUAAAAACCUAUACAGUUUGGGGCAUAGAAAAAAACCUACUUUUUCCUUACCAUUUUCAUUACAACAGUUAAUCCUCAAAGACUGCCGUCUUGCUUCUACUGAUUCCAUUCCUUUUAGCUCCAUUGUUCAACCAUGUUUGCAGUAUGUGAAUUUAGGAAAUAGUAGAUUUGAGUCAUUGCCUUGCUGUGAUCAUCUUGAAAAUCUUCGGAUUCUCGACCUUAGUUUUUGCUCCAAACUCAAAUGUCUUGUAUCUCUCCCUAGUACACUUGCAGAAUUGUAUAUAUAUUACUGUGAGUCACUAGAGAGAAUAACGUUCCAGUCACAUCGAUUCACUCUGCAAGAGUUCCGUUAUGAAGGUUGUAAUAAUUUGUAUGAAGUUGAAGGCUUUAUCAAACUGGUACCAAUAGCUAAACUAGAUGAAACUGAUUUGUAUCACAUGAAGUGGCUAAAAGAAUAUCAAAACCAUCAGGUGCCCCUUGUCGGGGAUGAGCUCACAGUAGGCAGAAAUUGGCAAAUCCAGAUGUUGUCUGAAUUCGGUAUAAUGAGCACAUCUUUGCCGGAUAUAAAGGAUCCAAGAUUGACGCCCAAGUAUCUAUCAGUAUCAAACUCUUUGUUCUUCGAUGUGCCUUUGUGUCCCAAAAAUAAGUGGCUCAAAGGAAUUAAUGUAACAUUCAAGUAUUCAAUAUCUGGUGACGAUUGUGCAUGGUUUUGUAAAAUUAGUACUACGAAUGGUGUUGUUGAUUGGAUGUACAACCCGAAAGUCUUUGGCAAACCUGAAGUUGGUGAAGCAUGUAUAUGGUUAAGCUAUUGGCCAAUUGGAAAUAAAUUGAACAUUGGAGACACAGUUGGGGUCUCUAUUGUUGAGAUUAGUGGAUUGGAGGUACAUGAAUGUGGUGUGAGCCUUGUGUACUCUGAUCAGGAAAUCUUGGAUUAUAACUUGGGUUGGGCAGAAAUUCUGGGAGGAGAUUUGUCUAGAUUUCAGCUAAGCACAGGAGCAUCCUAUCUUUGUCGGCGUGAUUUCUUUGAGUUAAUGGAGGUUGGCAGAUUGACUUCUGAUUGGUUUAGGAUUUUAGUUGGUGAUGCCGUUGACUACACUGAGGUAAGAGGAUGGGGAAAGACUGGUCGGCCAAAGCCGGUGAUUCAGUCAUUUACAGAGUUGAAAACUGUUAACAUUUCUCAAAUGGAACAAAUAGAAAGUGAGGGCAUAUCUAAACCAUUUGGUUCUGAUGAGAGUAAGGUGUCGAACUCACCCACACAUAGGGAGAGAUUAAAAUCAGUGGUUACAGAUGAACUUAGUUGCCAAGAUAUAAAGAAAAUUACGCUCCAAGACAUUGAAUCAAUGGAUUAUGAGGAAAAUGAAGGGACAUUGACCAGUCAUGCGAGGAAGAUUGUGGACACAAAUUUCUCAGGUGUUGGACCUGCCUCAGAAAGAAUUGCAAAUCAACAUGACAGGACAAUGACCUCUGCACCUGAGGAAGGCUAUAAGGCAUCUUCAUCAACUUCAGCACACACGUGUCGCAGUUUUUCCCUUGCAGAAAUUCAAGCUGCAACCAAAAACUUUUCUGCUGAAUUGGUUAUUGGAAAGGGUGGAUUUGGAACUGUUUACAAAGGUCAAAUUUCCGGUGAAGAAGCUGGUCAUGUGGUAGCCAUCAAACGGUUGGAUUCUAUCUCCAACCAAGGGGAACUUGAGUUUAGGGCUGAGAUUGAUACUCUUUCUAAGUUGCGCCACUGUCACUUGGUGUCUCUCAUUGGCUAUUGUGAUGAUAUCAAGGAGAAGGUCCUGGUUUAUGAAUAUAUGCCGAGUGGGACCCUCUACCAUCAUCUACAUAAAUCUCAUACCCCCUUAUGUUGGGUGACACGGCUCAAGAUAGCCGUAGGUGCUGCACGUGGUAUGGACUACCUUCACACCGGUGUAGGCACCCGAUAUGGAGUCAUACACCGUGAUGUGAAGAGUACAAACAUUCUUUUAGAUGCAAACAUGGCAGCUAUGAUUUCGGAUUUUGGGUUGUCCAAAAUCGACCCAACCAACCUAUCGAUUUCUUGUAUUGAUGCUAGUGUUAAGGGCACAUUCGGAUAUCUUGAUCCAGACUUUUUUUAUACUAGAAAAUUAACAAGGAAAACAGAUGUGUAUGCAUUUGGAGUUGUAUUAUUCGAAUUGCUCUCGGGAAGGCUUGCAGUAGACCUAGACAAAGAGGAGGAGGACCAAUGUAGUUUGGUAAGGUGGGCUAAAAAUUGUGUAAAAAAAAGAAAAUUAGAUCAGAUGGUUGAUCCUAGUAUCAAGGGAACGAUUUCUACUAAAUGUUUAAGAGGGUUUGCUAAAAUGGCAGCUCGUUGUGUGGACAAUGAUCCGGAAAAACGGCCUACCAUGGGUGAGCUAGUGACCUCACUGCAGGCUUUACUAAAACUACAGGAGAAAUCUAACCGUUCUUCGCAGUCAUCAAGCAAAAUGGGUUUCCCUUGGAGGAUUAAUCAAUAUUUUGUUUCCACAACUAAACCAAACUAAGGUUCUUAGACCAAAGUGGAACAAGUUCCCAAAAAGAGCCUUGACAAAAAGAAUUAGCACUAUGAAUGAGUGAUCAGACGUCAAAUUGUUCACAUGUGAAAAGAAGAGCAGGUGGACCAUGAAUCUCAAUGGGACCGGAAAUUUUGUUGCAAGGAAGAAAGGUGGCUGUUGGUUGUUUCCUGUAGCUGGAAACUCCAUUUUUUGUCUAGUAAAGAAGGCGAACAAAGAGGCAGGUUGUAAAACGAGCUUCACAGCUGUAGAUUUGAUCUGUUGAGAAUGUCACUGGCGGGAAUACAGGGCUAAAUAAUCUUCUUAUCAAUACAUGUAUUGAUUCUAUGAAGGGCUUAAUAUCGGACUUCCCAACUCGAUAUCAUUCAUUCUUAUGCAUGCUAAAUUAGUUGUAGAAUUUUUCUGUGAGUUUUUCAUUUUUUUAAUAUAGUUCACACGAUCAACACUUAUCAUAUACCUCAUAAAUAAUGA